AUGGAAACCAGUAGUCCUCAUGAAGAUGAGAACAAGAGAGUUCUUUAUGAGGCAUCAUACGAAGGGUGUGUUUUUGUCUUAAACACACCAAUACAGGAAGAUCCACUAAUCCUACACAAAAUUAACUCGAGAGCAAUCUUCACUGAAACUCCCUUACACAUAUCAGCUUUACUUGGCCGCCUUGAAUUCACAAAACUCCCUCUUACUCACAAACCCAAACUUGCCCUUGAGUUUGACUCCUUUCAAAGCACAGCCCUUCACUUAGCUUCUGCAGAAGGCCACGUCCACAUUGUGAAGGAGUUAUUGCAAGCUCGUGACCAUGCAUGCUUGAUUCCUGAUCAACGAGGUAGAAUUCCAUUUCAUUAUGCAGUUAUAAGAGGAAGAACAAAUAUCGUGUUCGAGCUAAUUAGUGCAAAGCCAGAAUCACUGUGGAUCCUUGAUAAGAGGAAAUAUGUUUUCCACUUGCCUGUGAUGUACAGUCACUUGGACAUUCUUAAAGCUCUGAUGGAUUUCGAUAUCGAGGCUCGCAUGCUCCUCAGUUUGAGAGACUUGGAUGAUAACACUACUCUAGAUUUGGCUGCCAUGUUGAAGCAAGUUGACAUCGUAAGGUUCCUCGUUUUAAUUCCAGCAAUAAGAGAAGCUGCAAGCGUGCAAAAUGAGACGGGGUUUUACAGAUCACAAGAAAGUCUCCAAAAGCCUUCACAUGCAACUCAUGUUGAUGAAUUCUAG